AUGCCAAAAAUACCAAAGUAUGAUAGAAGAGGCGACCGAGAGAAGCACCUGAAUGCUUACAAAAUUCACAUGAGCCUAAGAGGCGCCACCCCAGCUGUGAAAUGCAGAGCUUUCCACUUAACACUUAACGGAGCAGCUGAAAUUUGGUAUAGUAGGUUACCACCUGGGAGCAUAAAAAGUUGGCUCGAAUUCAAGACGACCUUCUUGAAGAGGUUUGCUGUGAGCAAAGAGGGAGAGGCCCCCAUCCAACGUCUUCAAGACAUGAGACGGGCACAUGGGGAGUCUCUAAAGAGCUUCCUAUCACAUUUCAUUGAUGAGAUGACAUAUUGUGUGCAAGUCACCGAUCGUGAGGCGUUAUCUGCAUUGAGAGGAGGUCUGAACAUGAACACUCUGUUCUGGAGGGACGUAUAA